ACAACUAAAAAGUUGGAGACUUGUCUGGAAUAUUUUGCUGGACUUUUCUCCUGUUUUGCAGUAAGUUUUCGAAUCAAGCACGCCUGUGUGCGUUUGUACCUUCAUUGUUUAGCUGAUUGAUUCUAGUUUGAGCCAUGACGGCGGCCCAGGAAGAAGAAAACCAAGAAUCGGAGGAGCCCGCCCCCCCUCCUCCGGAUCUGAGCAUCAACUUGGCCAUGGCUGCUGCUCUGAGCGGGGAAGUGUCACGACUGUGCCGGGCUUUGGACGAUGAAGAGGACCCUUACCACCCUGAGAUCCAGGAGAGACUGAAUGAGAGAGACCUGGAAGGGAAGUCUCCACUGGACAUGGCCUCCAUGCUGGGGAGGGACAAUGUGGUGAAGGAGCUGCUGGUCCGAGGGGCUGACCCAAACAUCGCAACACCCAGGGGUUACACAGCGCUCCACAGAGCAGCGUCCUGGGGGAAGCUGGCGUGUGUGAAGAUCCUGGUUCAGUUCCAGGCCGACCUGCAGAAGAGAACGCACCACGGUGAGCGGGCGCGGGAGAUUGCGGUCAGAUAUGCGAUGGAGGACUGUGUACAGUAUCUAGAUAGACAAGAAGCGAGACAAACAUUGAAAUCUUACGUCGCAUCAAUGAGGGAAACCCUCGCCGACCCUGAGAAGAUGGGAGCAGCAAAACUCACCAAGGAAGAAAAAACAUCCACAAAUGCAGCUCUGACAGAGAAGGAACAGUGGUUAGAAAACACCACGGACGCUUCAGUUCAGGACUAUCUGGACAAGAAGAGUGAACUAGAACAACAGAUGGAGACUGUAAUGCUGAAGAUCUCAGGACAGGUGCCUGAAACGCCAGCAAGCAAGAAGUGAAGGGCUGGACUGGAUGUUUGUGGUUUCUUGGGACCAUUGAAGAUCUCAUGCAACAACAAUUACAUGACAUAUAUAUUUUCUGACUUUUUAAGGGGGUGGAUGAAAUGAGACAUUUUAGGGUUGAAAAUCAGCACCCUACUGUUGUAUCUACCACUGUGGCAGUAACAGGCACAUUUGUAACUGAUAAGCUGUUUUGCCAAAAGGAUUUGUAAUGCACAACUACAGUAAGCAGUACAUGUACUUCAUAAUGUGUCUUUGAUAAAUGGUCUGUCCUAGUGUGGCCUGUCAUAUGCCAAUUAGAGCAAUAUACAACCAUUAUGGCUGCUAUUCCUGUACAUCUUAUUGUGCCAGCAAAAAUCUUUGUCUCCUAAAUGAAUUCAAAAGCAAUAUUUAAUGUGUGUAAAGUUCAAAGUAGUCAGUUGCUGGCCAUGUUGUUUUGUUGUGUGAUAGGUUCGAUAUACCGGUACUCCUUAUGUACAGAUUUUAUAAGAAUACCACCAGCCACUAGAUUUGUAAAGAAGAAGCUGGUACUUUUAUAAACAGCAAAGCACAUAGACUCUUUCAACCAGUAAUUUUAAGUCUUUGAAUUUCACCAUGUAUGCCAAAUGCAAAAGAAUUGUAAAAUUUUUACAGUUCAAAAUAUUUUCACGCACAUUGGGUGCACACUGUGGAGAAAAGGACCACUAUCCAUACAUGCCAUAAUUGAUUUCCAAUAAAUAUAUUCAGUGAUACUCUCUU